CCACCACCACCACCGCCGCCGCAACAACUCCACAAACCCUUUUCACACAAUCUACCUUUACAACCCCUUUCAUCGACUCAUUAUCACUACUACUUGCAACUAAACCCAUCAUGUUCGACAACGGCCUCGACGUGGGCGUCGUCUUCAGACACCCCACCCUUCUCGUCACCUUUGCCCUCGGCAUCCCAGGAUGGCUCGUCGCCUUUGCAGCCCAGUGUGCCCUCCAGGCUGGAAAACAAACCGUCAAGGUCGGCAAUACGACUACCACUAUUUCAACGUCAGGUGUCAACGGCGCCGGUUCUCUCUGGUUCGCCAUCUGGGUCCAGCUCUUCCUGAUCAUCGGCAUUUUCCUUGCCUGUGCUUCCGACUGCAUCGCGACCUACCGCCUUCAGAUCUCCAUCUUCACGGCUGUCUCACUCGUCUUCGCGGUCAUUGGGGUUGACGCCCACAUCUACGACAAGGGCCACGGCGCCGCCCUCGCCACUGCUGCCGGCUGGCUCAUCCUCGCCAUUGUUGACAUUCUGUGGCUCCUCCUCUUCACAUCAGAGGAGGGCUCCCUCCUCUACCACGUGCUCAACGGCAACAGCGGCCUCUCGUGGGGCGGCCUCUCGCGCGGCCGCUCUCUCCGCAACUCGCACAACGAGACGGGCGUGUACCAGUCCGAGUCGGCCGGCCUCCGCCACGGCGCCGCCGACCGCGGCAUGAGCUCGCAUGACAUCCCCACCGGCAACGGUAACGGCUACGGCAUGGGCCCAACACUUGGCAGCGCCCCCAACGGGCUGAACGGCAUGGCCACUGGUGGAUACUCGUCCGCCCCCACAAUGGACACGGUGGCGUCCAAAGCCAAUGCCAACACGUCGGUGUCGCGCGACGACUUUAGCGUCGUUGGCGGCGGAAGCGUUGACAACGUCACGUACAAGCACCGCGCAAAGGCAAACUACGCCUACACCGCCUCUCCCGAUGACCCGAACGAGGUCUCGUUCGCAAAGGGCGACAUCCUCGACGUCGUCGACACGACAGGCAAGUGGUACCAGGUCCGGACGCCGAGCGGACAAGUUGGUAUCGCCCCCUCCAACUACCUUUCCCUGCUUUGAUCUGGCUAUCGGCCGCAGCGCAUGUCGCAGCUAUCACUCUAGACUGAAUGUACCAACGUGCCCGUAUAGUGGAGUGCGAGCGCGCAGGCGUGCGCGACGACGACAGAGGGACAGAUGGCGGCAGCGCGCCGAUGCUACCUAGCGGGCCGGGUACACAGGCGCGUUGCUGCACAGUGUGCAGAUGUACAUGUCUUAUGAGCCGCACGUCAGUUACGUCUAUAACUCGUAUAAAUAGUCCAAAUGCAUGAACAGUGCCG